CCGGGCCGCGCGGGACUGGCCGUCGGGGCCCCGGGACGGUGGCCCCGGGGGCGCCCAUGCCAUGGAGAAGCUGGCGGCCGGGCUGGCCGGCCUGCGCUGGAGCAUGGGCGCCUUCCCGCUCGACCUCAUCGUCAGCCGCUGCCGCCUGCCCACGCUCGCCUGCCUCGGGCCAGGGGAGUACGCUGAGGGUGUCAGUGAGAGAGACAUCCUGCUCAUUCACUCCUGCCGCCAGUGGACAACGGUGACAGCCCAUACCCUGGAGGAGGGCCACUACGUCAUCGGACCCAAGAUUGACAUCCCCCUGCAGUACCCAGGUGUGCCCAGCCAGGGACAGAUAGAGCCACUGGGGGAUGCAGGCAGGAGGGUAGGGGGUAGGCCUUGGGGGAAACUGUUAGUGACCACCCUUUGCCUGGAGCCACAGGGAUGAACGAGGACAUGGCUGGCCGGGUGGCAGUUAGAGCCCUGUGGUUUUCAUACCGUGUCUGGGGGAGUCCUGGGUUUCUGGUUGCAAAAUUUUGAUUCACAUUUUAUUUCGUUUAGUUUUUUAAACGUUUAUUUUUGAGAGAGGGUGA